GUCAGUCGGUCAGCAAACCCCUGAGGUCUCUAUUGAUAUCAGCAUGGGUCCCAUCGUGUACGCUUUGCUGUUCAGUCUGGCCGCCGCUGGCGUGGUCAGCGCCGGGAAGUCCGAGUUCUGUUUGAGUGAGAUCGUGAGGUCGGACGAGCGCAUCCGAUCCCAUGGCUAUCCCGGCGAGGCUCACACAGUCAUCACCGAGGAUGGCUAUGAGCUGACCCUCUUCCGCAUCCCCUACUCGCCCAAGCUGAACAACCAGAACGAGAAGCGCCCCCCCGUCCUCCUGCAGCACGGCCUGUUCAGCAACUCGGACUGUUUCCUCUGCUCCGGACCGGACAACUCCCUGGCCUACCUGCUGGCCGAUGCCGGCUACGAUGUCUGGCUGGGCAAUGCCCGCGGCAACAUCUACUCGAGGGUCAACGGCCAGAUCUCGCUCAACAGCUACAAGUUCUGGCACUUCGACUGGCACGAGAUCGGCACCAUUGACAUUGCCGCCAUGAUCGACUACAUCCUCGAAGAGACCGACGCCACCAAGGUGCACUACGCUGGCCACUCCCAGGGCACCACCGUCUAUAUGGUGCUGCUCUCCGAGCGUCCCGAGUACAACGACAAGAUCGCGACGGGCCACCUGCUGGCUCCGUGCGCCUUCUUCGAGCACGGCACCUCGUUCGUCUUCAACGCACUGGGACCCUUGGUGGGCACCCCCGGCGGCAUUUGGAACCAGCUGUUGGUGGACACCGAGCUGAUACCCCAUAACAAUCUGGUCAAUCGCCUGGUGGACAAUGGCUGCCACAUCUCCGACGCAAUCUGCAACAAUGCCUUCAUUAUGUUCGCCAAUGGUGGCUACGAGAAUGCCAAUGCUAGCUCUAUGAAAGUGCUGGUUGAGACGCAUCCGGCUGGAUCCUCCAGCAACCAGGGCAUCCACUACUUGCAGCUGUGGGCAUCCCACACGUUCCGUCAGUACGAUUGGGGCACGAAGAAGAACAAGGAAAUCUACGGCCAGGAGCUGCCCCCCGAAUACGAUCUGGGCAAGAUCACUGCCCAAACACACUCCUAUUCGAGCCACAACGACGCCCUCUGCGGACCCGAGGACGUGGACACCCUGGUCUCCAAGUUCCCCCACCUGACAGAGGACCAUCGUGUGCCCGUCCAGAGCUUCAACCACUUGGACUUUAUCAUUGCCAAGAACAUGAAGGAGCUGAUCAACGAUCCGAUCAUCGAGCGCAUCAACAAGUACGAGGGUCGCUAGACAUGACCCCAAAAUAAAUACAAUCGCAAAUGCAUUUUAAUAUA